GCAAGCUUUGCAAAGUUUUUAUUGGGAUACUCCAGGAAAAAUAAUGAUGCGUUCGAACAUAAUGGACCAAAUUAUUCAUUCGCUAAGCAAUCACCCUCAUCUCCGUUUCGUUAAGAUAUCAGCAUUUGGAAUCCAGCAGGAUAUCCCUUGCGCACCCUUCCGUGGCUUGACCCAUUUGACCAUUAAUGGACAUGGUUCCCUGGAUUACAUUCCCGCCAUCAUCGCCAACAGUCCUAGUCUAUUCAGGCUCGAAGUAGUCAUCUAUCGUUACGACCGUCAUUCCCCGUCACACUUUCCUGUGCUCUCUCUUUUCUGUUCGUUCCUGGAGGGAACGCAUAGCUCUGUGCAGAAAGUGAUUCUCUCAGGUGAUUACCUCAGUCUGGAGCCAUCAACCGUCCCCGCCCUUAUCCCACAUUUUCGGAAGCUAUCGAAUUACCGCCUACCAGUUGGCUUUGAUGUUCCCGACGAAUUCUGGAAUGCCUUGCUUGACGCAAUGGUGUUUCUCCAUUGUGUGUCUUCAAUCCCAGGUCUACAACUGCGCGAUUCGUUCUUGAAUUAUCCUGGAGCUUAUCGUGGUUUGAAGGAGGUACAUCUGCGACUAGGGCGAAUAAAUGCCCAAGGCGUACAGGACGAAGGCCGUGCACGAUUCUUUCUUCGUCGCAUCAUCCCGAUGCAUUCGUGGAGUUUAAUAAACAUCCUGGUGCAAACCGAAUAUGCAGGAUGCUGGCGCUUUGAUAUUCCCAUGCUCGAAACUCUACUACUGUGUACCAAUCUUGCGUACGUCGGUAUAAGUGUCGACCGGGAUAGAGCACGAGUGAAAUAUAACGACAAUGUCAUUACAAAACUACUGAAUAAUCUGCCACAAUGGCCUUUUCUGGAAGCGCUGAACAUCGGGGCAGCCGUACCACGGUCCGUUCGCCCAUUCCAGCCGAUAAACCUCCCAUGAGGGUUGUUUGUGUCCGCGUUGUGUGUUGCAUCACCGCUUUCCGGUGCAGAGACCCAACAAGUCAGAUGCGCAAGCUGCAGAACUGUACAGACUUUCUGCCUGGCUUCCGGCUUGUUAACUGGGAUCCUGUCAAAUAUCAGGAUUAUUACUUUAUACGCUUGGGUAUUUCCGAUGCAGCUAUGCGUGUCAUAAAAGCGACACGAAAUCUCGCAGAGAUUGGAAGAGUGAGUGAAGACGACGAAUAAUGAUAGGAACUACAAUAUGAAUAUCUCGCUGCGUCAUACGUAUACACCUCUGAAAGCAAUAAUUUCGUGCGGUCG